AUGCAAGCCUCUUGGUCGCUCAGCAGUCGUUCCGACGACGAGAGCGUUCUCACCUACGACUUGCCCGCAACGCCCAUCUCGUCCACUCGACCAUCUCACAGCUAUGCUCCCUUGCGCCCAGCUCGGCACCCCUACACGCCCGAAGCAUAUCACGCAUCGUCACCGCUCAAGCACGAACGGGAGCUCUCGUUCGAGCCCAAUUUCCUGGAGAGCUUUCCGAUGCCCCGUCCUCGCAAAGGCGCUAUGCGACCCACCGGCGCGAUGCUGCCUCACUCGUUCGACCGUGCUCACGAGGACGACGCGCUAGAAGCGGCGUGGUCAGACGGCAGUGGCAUCGACGAAGUUCCCCACGUCGAGCACAGCGAUCGACUCACCGACCUGGCGCGGCUACUCGAGCGCAACCCAGCCGUCGUCGUCGAGGACCACUUCGAGGUGGACGCGCUCAAACGACAGGUCGAGCAGCUGCAGAUGGCCUUACAGCUGCAGGGGCAUCAGCUGGCCGCAGCAGAAUCGAGACAGCUAAGAGCGCGAAGGAGUACGGGUCAGAUGCAGAGGGAGGCGGUGGACCUGCCUCCGUUGCCGGCGGUGCCUGAGAGGGGGGCGAGUGGCUCGAUGAGGAUCGUGAAGAGGCCGAGUCGGUCGAGCUUGCGUCCUGCAGGUGCGAGCUCGUCAAUGCUGGCUUUUCAGCAACCAGCAAUGGGCGAGUUGGCAAGCAAUGCGAGCUUCUAUCGCCCUGCGGCUAGACAUCCGUUCACAGAGCGAAGGCAGAGCGACAUCUCGCUCGUCUCCACCCCCUCCCUCUCAACAAGCACGAUUGGAGAAGACAAGAAGAUCGACGACCUCAACCGAAAAGUGCAGGCCCUGGAACAGAUGUUCGCCACGAUGAGCGCGCAAUCCCCUGCUGCUGCGCAGACUGCUUCUACGGUGAAUCUCACAAGCAGCCGCACCAUCGACAGCACCGCCAGCUCGACCUCGCACAGAUCGGCUUUCCGGUACAACACCACCCCAUCGGCCCGCUCGAUCACCGAGUCGACCGCAGGCGAUCAGCCCGCGAGCAAGGUCAACAAGCUCGCAGCGGUGUUCAAGUCGAGGACUGCACCAGUGGUCACGCACGAGACGGGAAAGAUGAGCUUCGGCAGGAAGAAGACGGACAAGGAUGCCGCACCAAAGGUCAAAGUUCGUCAAGGACCGGGCAGAGGGAGAAUGGUGAUCAAGGAUCCGGUCGCUUCCUAA